CAACAACACCCACGACGAAGUUCUGAACGAUCGCAGUUACAUAUCCACGACAACAACCUCCCUCCUGUAUCGACUCUGUCAAAUCGCCGUCCUACAAUCAUGUCGGCCCCUCAGAGUGUACAGUGCUUCGGCAAGAAGAAGACUGCCACCGCAGUUGCCCACGCAAAGAAAGGCAAGGGUCUCAUCAAGGUCAAUGGAAAGCCUCUCUCGCUUGUCCAGCCCGAAAUUCUUCGAUUCAAGGUCUAUGAGCCUCUUCUAGUUGUCGGCCUCGACAAAUUCAGCGAAAUCGACAUCCGCGUCCGCGUCACCGGCGGUGGUCACACAUCCCAGAUCUAUGCCAUCCGACAAGCCAUCUCCAAAGCCCUCGUCGCCUACUACCAGAAAUACGUAGAUGAGUACACCAAGAACAAGCUGAAGCAAGCUCUCGUCCAGUACGAUCGUACACUUCUCGUCGCCGAUAACAGACGGUCGGAGCCCAAGAAGUUCGGUGGUCCAGGCGCCAGAGCCAGAUACCAAAAAUCUUACCGUUAAAUUUGUGGACGAGCUGGAUUUGCGGUUGGGGAUGUUUCGAACGUGGGUCGUGGUACCGGUACUGGUGGUCGAGUAUCUCGCAUCAGUACGUUUGCAAUGGCUGUGAUGGGGUUAGGGGGAGUAGUGUGCUAUUGCUACCACUGGUGACGGUGAAGAUCGAAGAGCAGAAGUUCCCAAUCACGCCUUUUACAUGUAAAGGUGUGGGAAUGGAUGAAAACAGUCAGGCGGCAUGGGGAGUAUCUCCCAUGUCAACAUUAAGACUAGCUGUCUAGGGACGCUCUUUCAUGGAAGAGUUGCCUCUGUCGCAGCAUCAGACCAAUACAACCAAUUCCUGAAUACUAGAGUAUCACAUCACGAUGUUUUGGAUUUGAAUUCACA